AGAAGAGGAGGAGGAGGAGGAGGAGGAAGGGCAAGGGCGUCCGUCUCUCGCUCGCUCGCUCCUCAGUCCCGCUGAGGGGACGCCUUCACACGCGCGGGCGCAGCCAAGCCGGGCAGGCGCUGCGAGGAGAGGAGAGGAAAGGAGAACGAUGGCUCUGGACGGCAUACGGAUGCCAGAUGGCUGCUACGCGGAUGGGACGUGGGAAUUAAAUGUCCAUGUCACGGACCUCAACAGGGAUGUCACACUGAGGGUCACAGGGGAGGUCCACAUUGGUGGCGUCAUGCUGAAAUUGGUGGAAAAGCUUGAUGUCAAGAAAGAUUGGUCUGACCAUGCUCUGUGGUGGGAAAAGAAGAAGACCUGGCUCCUUAAAACUCACUGGACUUUGGAUAAGUAUGGAAUACAGGCGGAUGCAAGACUGCAGUUCACUCCUCAACACAAACUGCUCCGGCUCCAGCUUCCCAACAUGAAGUACGUGAAGGUGAAAGUCAAUUUCUCCGAUAGAGUCUUCAAAGCGGUAUCGGACAUCUGCAAGACCUUUAACAUCAGGCAUCCAGAAGAACUCUCUCUCUUGAGGAAGCCCAGAGAUCCAACGAAGAAGAAAAAGAAAAAGCUGGAUGACCAGUAUGAAGAUGAGACACUUGAAUUGGAAGGACCAUUAAUCACCCCUGGAUCAGGCUCUGAUGUUCUUUACAUCGGCCCAGUGAAAGGGAGCAUUUAUUCAAGCCCCGGGCUUUACAGCAAAACCAUGACGCCGACGUAUGAUUCUCAUGACGGGAGCCCUUUGUCACCAACAUCAGCUUGGUUUGGUGAUAGUGCUUUAUCAGAAGGAAAUCCAGGUAUUCUUGCCGUCAGCCAGCCAAUCACUUCCCCAGAAAUCUUAGCCAAAAUGUAUAAACCACAGUCACUUCUGGAUAAAGCCAAGAUCAACCAAGGAUGGCUGGACUCUUCAAGGUCACUCAUGGAACAAGAUGUGAAGGAGAAUGAAGCCUUACUUCUCCGGUUCAAAUACUAUAGCUUCUUUGACUUGAAUCCUAAGUAUGAUGCAAUCAGAAUCAACCAGCUCUAUGAACAGGCCAAGUGGGCUAUUCUUUUGGAAGAAAUAGAAUGCACGGAGGAGGAGAUGAUGAUGUUUGCAGCCUUGCAGUACCAUAUCAAUAAGCUGUCAAUCAUGUCGUCAGAAAAUCACUUGAACAACAGCGAUAAGGAAGUGGAUGAAGUGGAUGCUGCCCUUUCUGACCUGGAGAUCACUCUGGAAGGUGGAAAGACAUCCACAAUUCUGGGUGACAUCACUUCGAUCCCGGAGCUGGCUGACUAUAUUAAAGUGUUCAAGCCAAAGAAGCUGACACUGAAGGGCUACAAGCAGUAUUGGUGCACCUUCAAAGAUACGUCCAUCUCCUGUUACAAGAGUAAAGAAGAAUCGAGUGGGACUCCAGCUCACCAGAUGAACUUAAGAGGGUGUGAGGUGACUCCUGAUGUCAACAUCUCUGGCCAGAAGUUCAACAUAAAACUUUUGAUCCCUGUUGCAGAGGGCAUGAAUGAAAUUUGGCUCCGUUGUGACAAUGAAAAACAGUACGCGCACUGGAUGGCCGCUUGCCGGCUAGCAUCUAAGGGCAAAACCAUGGCAGACAGUUCCUACAACUUGGAAGUUCAGAACAUCCUGUCUUUCCUGAAAAUGCAGCAUCUGAACCCCGAUCCACAGAUCAUCAAUGAGCAGGUCACAACAGACAUCAACCCGGAAUGUUUGGUUUCCCCAAGAUAUCUGAAAAAGUACAAGAACAAGCAGCCAGGCUAUAUAAGAGACUUGAUCACCGCCCGGAUCUUGGAGGCCCAUCAGAACGUCGCCCAGAUGAGUCUCAUCGAAGCUAAAAUGAGAUUUAUCCAAGCCUGGCAGUCUCUGCCAGAGUUUGGCAUCACCCACUUCAUUGCAAGGUUCCAGGGAGGCAAGAAGGAGGAGCUCAUUGGGAUUGCCUACAACCGGCUGAUCAGAAUGGACGCCAGCACCAGCGACGCCAUCAAGACGUGGAGGUUCAGCAACAUGAAACAGUGGAACGUGAACUGGGAGAUUAAAAUGGUAACAGUGGAAUUUGCCGAUGACGUCCGAGUGUCCUUCAUCUGCACGGAAGUGGAUUGCAAAGUGGUUCACGAGUUCAUCGGAGGCUACAUUUUCCUGUCCACGCGGGCGAAAGACCAGAACGAAAGCUUGGACGAAGAGAUGUUCUACAAACUGACCAGCGGCUGGGUGUGAGUCGGGACGAGACCCCCGCCGGCUCGCCUGCCUUGCUUGACCCUAAACUCGACAGCCAUAUUAAUAUUUAACUCCAAAAGCUGUUAUUUGAAAUAUGCUGCUUAAUCAAGUUAAGCUUGAAGUGUAUCUUUUCCUUUCUGUUUUUUUUUUUAAUACAAUGGACACCUUUGCCUUAGCCGACCAGCCGGUAGGUGCAGUCAAGCCAGCGGUGCUGCUGUUCGGCUGGAACAAGGCGGGGACAUGGACCGCCUUCUGGCCUCCACUUGUGCCUCUUCCGGCCCCCCCUCCCUCCGCAAGCCAGCAGGGAAGAGGGAGCUGAUCCUCUGACCGAUGUAAGCUAACCAAAUCAGUAAAAUACUCUAAGCCAUCUAACUCUAAAGACACCCAGGGCCUAACUCUAUAUGAAGUCAUAUUUAUCAUGUUUAAUGCAUGUUUUGUGAGGUUUUUAAACAAGUAUAUAUUGAGUGGAUGUACAUCCGCAUCUCGGACACCCUUUGCUCCUUUUUUAGGCGUGCAAUCCAGGAAGUCCUCGUGGCUGCCCCUCUUUGCCCCUUCAUGCCCCACCUAGCCUAGGGAUUUGCACGGUGCUCGGUGGACGCUCCCCUUCGGCCCCUCGAUUUUCACACUACACAGCCAGGUCGUCUUUCUUGCAGGAGCCUGAAGCUUUCGUGCAUGCCCUCGGAAAAUCUCUCUCAUUAGAUUUGAGCCUAUCUGUUAACGUCCGAUUUCUUUUUGAUAUUCGUUGAUAGGCUGUAUGUGUGUCUUUCCUUGCUGUUUGUUUUAUUCUUUCUUUCUUUUUUUUUACACCAUAUUGUAUUACAAACACCUGUAGUAUUCACCAGCAUAGUCACUCUCUACUUAAGAUGAUAUGCAAAAUCUUUUCAUUACCAUAUGAAGUAAAGGUCUAUGAAGUAUAAGGAUUUUUGUGUGUAACUAAUGUAAAAAGAAAAACACAAAUUUUAUAAAAUUGUACAGGUUCUUCUCUCUCUCUCUUUUUUUCCUUUGAAGCUAGUUUCACAAGCCAAAGUAGGAACUGCAAUAGCGUAUUGGCCUUACAGCAGGUUUUUAAUCUAAAUUAAGUUCCUGUCUUGGUUAUAAGCUGUGCCACAAAGCCCUUAAACACAGAACUCAGUUGCCUGGCGUCGGGGGAAUCCCGCUUUGAAGCAGUUAACACUAACAGCCCGGGGAGACCCCAGCCUGCCCUUUGCCAGAGGGGUAGAACACCAGUAUUGUAGUCAGCGAGACAAAGACUAUGUACAAAAAUGCAUUGUAUUUUAAAUAAAGGUCAAGUCUUUUAUUUAA